AUGGACCUUCAUGUGACACUCCUGUUGAUCUGUCUCUGCAGCCAAGGAAUCACUAAUGGUGAGGUGGCAGACAAUGAGUCUAUCCCUUUGGUGCCUCUCAUUCCUUUGAUACCCAGCCACCCCAUAGAGAAAGUAGAAAACAAAAGUACACCACAACCAAAAACUGCAGAUACCACAGACGUACCUGUAAUUGCAACACCCAUAACUAGCAGGCCCAACGGGGGCUCAUCAGAGGAGGAACAAGAUGAGGUUUGUCUGUCUAUUGGCCGAAGCCCGCAGUCCAUGGAGGCCAUCGCUGCUGCCAUUCAAAAGCUGGGAGUGCAGCUGCUGCAGAACCUGGAGGCAACGCCAGAGCAGCCAAACAUAAUCAUAUCUCCUUUCAGCAUAUCAUUAGCGCUCUCCCAGCUGGCUUUAGGUGCGGUGAAUGAGACUCAGGAGCUGCUGAUGCAUCAUCUCCACGAACACACUCUCUCCUGCUACCACGAGUCGAUGCAUAAUGUGUUAGUGCAGCUCAGAGACAAUGACCUGCAGAUCGCCACACGCAUCUUCCUGCGCCAAGGGUUUAAGCCAAAGCAGGAGUUUGUCAAUGAAUCCCAGCGGUUAUAUGACUCGGAGCCAGCAGUCUUGGAGAGCCUGCAGCAGAUUAACGACUGGGUAGACAGCGCAACAAAUGGAAAGAUGACUGACUUCCUGUCUGCUUUGCCACUCAAUCUGCUCCUCAUGCUCAUCAAUGCUGUCCAUUUCAAAGGAGAGUGGAAAGCUCGUUUUGACCCGCGCUUCACCUCCAGGGGUGUCUUCUACCUUGACGACAAACACAUGGUUGAUGCUGAAGUGAUGGAAGAUGCCAAACAUCCCUUGAGUUUAUUUAUUGAUAAUGAACUGGAGGCUCAGGUAGCGAGCUUCCCCUUCCAGAAGUUCAUGAGCUUGCUGGUGGUCAUGCCUUUGUCCGGCCAGGUGAACGUGUCUUCUCUUUCCGCCAAGCUGAAUGUCUCCGACCUGUAUAAUCGUUUGCCCAAGCAGAGGGCCGUUCAAGUUAAAGUCCCCAAAUUCAAACUGGAGUAUGCUCAAGAGCUGCAGGACGUUUUUACCAAAUUGGGCCUUGGAGAGAUGUUCUCCCGUCCCAACCUGGCUGAGAUAGCAGACGGCCCCCUGCUGGUGUCCAGUGUCAUGCAUAAGUCCAGCAUGGAAAUAAAUGAGGAGGGUGCUGAGGCUGCUGCAGCCACCACUGUGAUCAUCUCGCGGGCGUCCAACCCUGUUUUCCACCUGACCCAACCCUUCUUCUUUGCCCUAAUGGAUGAUAUGACUCAAGUGCCGAUUUUCAUGGGUGUCAUCAACAACCCGAAUCCGGGAGCUCCUAUCUUGCAGAGAGGAGAACCUGGGAGCAAAGAUAAAGUGGGAUUCCCAAUUGAUAAGAAUCAUGUUGGCUCAUUCGGAGGCCCACCUAAGUAG